GCUGCGUUCGCGUGAAUAAUUAAUUAAUUGCUGAAAAAAUGGAUUAGCUGGCGAAAAUAUGCAUCCGACCAAGUGCAACAGCAGCCGUGCGCAGUACUCAGUAAUCAGGCGUUUGUGAGCGGAAGCGCCAUGAAAUGUGUGUCUAAAAAAAAGUAAUGGUUUAGCAAAAACAACAACGCUAAAGCCCAAAAGUGCUAAUAAAAAGUACACACAUACGCACUCACACACACGCGCGCGCGAGCAAAGGUGAAAAUUAUAAAUUAAUAAAUACGCGAUCCGAUAGCAUAUCAAAUUAGCAAAAUAUGCUCGAUUCUCGUGCUGAUCGAAUCAAAACUGUGAAUUGCAACAGAAAAUAAUUUCAAGGUUUGCAGCAGGCGAAUAGAAGGCGAAAAGCAACGCAACCAAAUAACCACAAAGAAGCCGUAACAAAUACAAUACCAUAAACUAUAAUAGGCACUAUCCCCAAAAAACAAGAAGCAACUAACAACGAGAUGAAGUACGCAACUGGAACUGACAACGCGAUGACCUCCGGCAUCAGCGGCCAAACCAAUAGCUCUAACAGUGCAUCCAACGAGAUGCAGCCAACCACAUCAACGCCUACUGCAGUCCACAAGGAGGCCACAUCCACGGCCACGACGACGGCGACAUACGCCAAUGGCAAUCCCAAUCCUAGCGCCAAUCCCAGCCAGAGCCAGCCGUCCAAUGCGCUGUUUUGCGAGCAGGUGACCACAGUGACAAAUCUCUUCGAGAAGUGGAACGACUGCGAGCGAACCGUCGUGAUGUACGCGCUGCUCAAGCGGCUGCGCUAUCCGAGCCUCAAGUUUCUACAGUAUUCCAUCGACAGCAACCUGACCCAGAACCUGGGCACCUCGCAGACCAAUCUGAGCAGCGUGGUCAUUGACAUCAAUGCCAACAAUCCGGUGUACCUGCAGAAUUUACUCAACGCCUACAAGACGUUCCAGCCAUGUGACCUGCUCGACGCCAUGUCCUCCUCGUCGUCCGACAAGGACUCGAUGCCGUGCUACGGCAGUGAUUUCCAGAUCACCACGUCGGCGCAGUGUGACGAGCGGAAGCUGUAUGCCCGCAAAGAGGACAUUCUGCAUGAAGUACUCAACAUGCUGCCACUGCUGAAGCCGGGCAAUGAGGAGGCCAAGCUUAUCUACCUGACCCUCAUCCCAGUGGCCGUCAAGGACACCAUGCAGCAAAUUGUGCCCACGGAGUUGGUGCAGCAGAUCUUCUCGUACCUACUCAUCCAUCCGGCUAUCACCAGCGAGGACAGACGUUCGCUCAACAUUUGGCUGCGUCACUUGGAGGAUCAUAUCCAAGCGGCUGCGGCGGGCCUGACAAAUCGCAGUUACUUCCUGCAGCCCUCACCGCAACUGGUAGCUGGUGGCAGCUCAACAGGCAGUGGUAGCUGUUCCUCUUCGGCGACCAGCUCUUCGACGGCCUCCUGUUCGUCGGUGGCUUCAUCCUCGUUGUGCCCGGCAAGCGGCAGCCGUUCCUCACGCACCAACGACUGGCAAACGAUCGCCCCGCCCAGCAAGCAAUUGCAAAACAAAUUGGCCGGUGAUUGGCGUGGCAGUGGAGGCGGCAGCUCCAGCGGAUCGAUCAAUCCACUCUGUGAUAAUCUUAAUGGUAUUACCCUGAACGAAUUAGCUUCUAGUCAGAACAGUCUCGGCCUGUCGCUGGAGGGCAGCUCUUCCCUGGUCAACGGUGUGGUCGCCGGAGCAGGCUCAAUGUUGGGAAUCGGUGGUGGCGACGAUCAUGACACGUCAUUUAGCAAGAAUGGCACGGAGAUUCUCGAUUUUGACCCGGUGACGGCAAACAUGGGAGAGGCCUGUAGUCUGGCCAGCAGUAGCCUUUGUGGACGUAACGGUGGAAAUCCUGUUGAGGAUCGAUCGCAACCUCCGCCGAAUCUUCAGCAGCAGUUGCUUCAGCCUCCGCCCUACGCCUCGAUCCUUAUGGGAAACGUAGGCGAUCAGUUUGGAGAGAUCAACCGAUGGAGCCUGGACAGCAAGAUUGCAGCCCUGAAGACGCGUCGAUCCAACAGUCUCACCACGCAAACGAUCUCUAGCUGUUCCAGCUCGUCUAACUCAUCGGUGAUCACGGUCAAUGACAACUGCUCCAAUUCAACGGAGAAUCUGGCACAGUUCGCCAACAAGCCCCGUAGUUUUUCCUUAUCGAUUGAGCAUCAGCGCGGUGCCUUGAUGAACAGCGGUUCCGAUACUCGACUGGAUGAAUUCAAGCCCAAUUAUAUUAAGUUUCACACGCGCAACGUGGGCAUGUCGGGAAUCGGACUUUGGCUUAAAUCCUUGCGUCUGCACAAGUACAUCGAGCUGUUCAAGAACAUGACGUACGAGGAGAUGCUCUUGAUCACCGAGGACUUUCUGCAGAGUGUUGGCGUCACCAAGGGCGCCUCCCACAAGCUUGCCCUUUGCAUUGAUAAGCUUAAGGAGCGGGGCAAUAUUCUUAACAGGGUAGAACAAGAACUGCUAACGGGUCAAAUGGAGCUGAGCACGGCGGUCGAGGAGCUAACAAACAUUGUGCUGACACCAAUGAAGCCACUGGAGUCUCCGGGGCCACCGGAGGAAAACAUUGGUUUGCGUUUUCUUAAGGUCAUUGACAUUGUGACCAAUACGUUGCAGCAGGAUCCGUAUGCUGUUCAAGACGACGAGACUUUGGGUGUGCUUAUGUGGAUUCUAGACCGCUCUAUCCACAACGAGGCAUUUAUGAAUCAUGCCAGUCAACUCAAGGACCUGAAGUUUAAGUUGUCCAAGAUGAAGAUCUCCAUGGUUCCCAAAAUGCAUCACGUUAAGCCAGCCGGCGUCGGGCCAAACAAUGGGAACAUUAACAAGCCAAGAUGGAAUGGUAAGACUCGCAAAUGCGAUUCUAAAAGUGGCAGCAACGAUAGGAUUAACAACCGCAAAAACUCCAACGACAUGCUAAAUUUUUCGCUAAAUUGCUUGCCGCACCCACUGCCCCAUCAUUCGCAGCAGGCUCCGCCGCCUCUGCCGCAGUUUGACUACAACGGCUAUGGCGGCGGUCCAUCCCAUCAGCCGCAGUACAAGAGCUCCUCGUACCCAAGCUUCAUGGGUAAUCCUCAGCAGCAGCCACCACCGCCGCCGUCUAGUAAGUCACACCAUCAUCCCCAGCAGAUGCAACAGAUGCUGCAGCAACACAACCACUUUCCAGCGCUGCCUCAGCAGACGCCACCACAAUCGCAUCGCCGGUCGCUGAAUAAUCUUAUUCUGGUGGCCGGAGGUCCGCAGCAACCGCAGCAAUUGAUAUUUAAGCCCGGUCAGGGAGUGCUCACCAACAACGGAUCUAACGACAACCUGGGAUUGGAACGCAAUCAGCAGCCGCAGCAGCAGCAGCAGAGAAAACUUAGCGGAGGAGUGUCCAGUGCGGAGCAACAACCAAAGAAGACCAUGGCAGCUGUUGUAAUGGUUAGUAAUCCAAACCAGAAUCAGGACCAGCACGAUCAGCCCCAGAUCCUGAUCAACAACAAUAAUAACAACAGCAUGCUGAACAACAAUUUGAUUAACCAGCAACAGUUGCAACUGUUGGCAGCAGCUGCCGCCGCCGUGGGCAGUGGCAGCUGUCUGUGCUCCAAUGGUGGUGGUGGUGCCUGUGUCCACAAUCUCUGUCACCAAAGCAGCAAGAAUAACAACCAUGGCGUAGACCAUUGUCUGUCCCAGUCACCGUUGGGCAGCCUGGGCAUGUCGCCCCAUGUCACCGAGUACAAGAUGAACGACUUUAAGAGCCUAGAACAGCUGGAGACGUUGUGUCGCCAAAUGACUGAACAGGCAAUGAACUGAGCAAGAUUCUGGGCUAUCUGAGUUUUGAAAUCAUCAUGUAAUGGCGUUAGAUUUGAGGCUGCCAGCAGUUUUUGUGUUCACUUAGCUUUGAGCAGUCUUUGAUGUUUGAUUUCAUAAACGAACAUAAAUGUUUUUAUAUUUAGAUAUUUAAGAUUCGUGUCUGUUUGUGUCGCGUCAAGUUGUCCACCUUGCGUCUCCUUUCACAUCCCGUUCUGUAAUCGUUUUUAGUUAGUAAGACGAUAGUUUGUUUUAAUGUUAAGUUUAUUAACUGUAUGUCAAGGCGCCCCCAAAGAUAUGAUCAACUGACUCGGGCCCGCAGGACCAACGGCUGGCCGGUGGACUUGUGGAGCCCCGACGGAAAUCCCAUGUCGGCUGUCAGCGGGGGCGCGGCAUCUUACUGUCAAUGUUAUUAAUGUAUAGGUUUCGUAAAUGUUGUCGCCAUUUAUGUAGUUAAACUAACAAGCCAAGCCCCACAACAACAAAACACACACACAUCGCAACAACAGAAUACAGUAACUUCUCUCUACCUAGGAAAAUUUGGCCAAAUUUGAUCAACAUUUUACGCUAUUCUAAACCCCAAUCACAACAUCGACUAUUUCACUCACUAUCAACAACGUCGCCAAAUGAAAGAAAUACCCCGAUCUGAACGACGACGAAAAAAGUUUAUCUAGUAAAAAAUUAUAAAAUGAACUCUGCAUCGUGACCAUGAGACUGACUAAGAUUACUUUUCGCAACUAUAAAAACUAGAAGGAAGAAAGCUGGAUGGAGAGGGAAUUGAAAAGUGAGAAUUGAGAAACGAGAGCUGAGAAUUGUUUGCGCGAAUCAAAACUAGGCUUGCUGAAUGAAGUAGUAGUCACAUAAUGGAUAUGUUUAUAUAUACACGUACACAUAAUUUAUUUUAAAUUAAAAGGAACAUAUUUGCUGAACCGUAACUGCACCAGAGGAAAACGCAACGGCGGAAACUACCACUAGACUAAACUUUAACAGAAAAGAGUUUCAAUGUUUCACUGUUUGUGUUUGAGAAUCGGAACCACAUAUUGUAUUUUGCCUAUUUAAGCGUAAGCCAAACCCAUUUAUUGCAUACCGAUCAUGAUCACCAUUGUCAUUGAUUAGAUUAUCUCUACUAUUACUAUUAUGUUUGCUUUAGUCAAUUGUUUAUAAUGUAAAUGGCAAGCCAAUCACUCGAUAUGUUAUGUUUUAGUUGUUUUUUAAAAAUUAUAUAUAUUUAUAUAUACAAAUGUAUGUCGCUAAGCUUAGGUUCAAACAAAAAACGACGAUGGGCCAAGCUGGAAAAAAGAAGGCAGCCAAAAAAUAUUUACCUUAAGAGCGUAAAAACGUGUAGUCUAAUUGUAAAUGUAUAAACCGAACAAAUGCAUGUGUAAAAAUCUUGGUUGGAAA